AUGAGUGGAUGGGACUCAACUCUUUCAUGCCUCGCGGCCCUCAUCCCCCUGGCCUCAGCCGUGGGCAACGCCGUCGUGACAAACAACUGCGCCGCCCCAGUCUACCUCUGGUCCGUUGGCGGCUCCGUCGGCCCCAAGCAGACCAUCCAGCCGGGCAAGUCCUACUCCGAGGCCCUGCACCACGAUCCCGCGUCUGGCGGCGUCUCGCUCAAGAUCACCCGUACCGACAACGGGCUCUACGACGGCAGCCCCAGCUCAACUACGCGCACCUGCCCGUCUAUCUGCUGGCCGAAAGGCGUCUCGCCUGGUGGUAGCCAGGUUAAGAACUGCGGCGCGAAUGGGGAUAUUGUGCUUACGCUUUGUGCGAAGAGUUGUUAG